AUGCGAUCUUCAGAACACACCAUAUCCCCAUUACCAAUCUUUCUCCUACAAGGCCAACAGUCUAGCCAGCCAGCAGAUCACGCGAAUCCACUGCAGGAGAUCCCUGACUCAGAUGAUGAGGAUGAUACAGCACAGGCCAUUCAAAAAUCCAGUACUCAUAGGGUACCUCACCACCAAGGUUCUGUGGUAGCAUGGAGUCAUGCUGGGCGGACGGCAACUGAUGUCAGCAUGGCGCAGGAGCCGAAACCAUCAUCACAGCGGCAGCUUUCAUCGACUCCUUCCUGGGAACCGCACCAUCAACAAACCCUGCAAGCCUGCACCACCAGUCACCCCCGGUCCAGCAGCACUGAAGAGAUCCCACUCCCUCCAGUACAACCCAUACAACGCUCAGCAUGGCGCUGA